AUGCGACUUACUUGGGUUAAUUCUAGAAGUGUAGAUUUUAACGAAAUAUUAAAGCCAAGCGUAAAUUCACUUCAUUUUACUGCCAUGAGUGGUGCUUUUGCUCUCCUGUUCAUUCAUCUUUCUCCCAAUCCACUUAACGAAGUCUACACGAAUCAAGGUAGAAGACAAGUCUCAAAAGAAUGGAGAGAAAAAGUCAAUCAGUCAGCAAAUAAUGUCAAUUGCAUGGUGCAUUUUAUAUUGCCCUCAAAGCAGAUGAAGAACGAAUUAAUAGUAUUUGAGCCUCUCAUUCAUAUGCUAAUACAUAGUAGGUGGGUGGCACCCAUGCUCCUAUUUCUUAGUGCAGGUAGUGCAGUUAAAGUGGCUUCAGCAGAUGUUUUAAAUGUAAGAAUUCCUAAUCGUUUUGAACUUGUAAAGCGUUCUUCACUAACCCAUUCAGAACUUUUAAUUUUACCUUAA